AUGAGUAAGGCUACGGUGGGAGCCAAUGUUAAGGCUGCCGCACAAGGGCUUGCCGAUCUGACUGCCCUCGAUGCAAAAUGGAUGGAAAGGUGGAAGACGAAAUGUGACCACAAAUUCAUCAAUCCUCGUCGUCUGGUAAACGCUGGGAGACAAGAGUUGGAGAAAGGCGAAAAAAAGAAGAUGUACUCCUUGACGAUGUUCCCAUACCCCUCUGGUGUGCUUCAUAUGGGCCAUUUAAGAGUCUACACAAUCAGUGAUGUCUUGGCCAGAUACUACAGGAUGAAAGGGUACGAUUUGAUCCACCCAAUGGGUUGGGAUGCAUUUGGGUUACCAGCUGAAAAUGCUGCAGUGGAAAGAGGAGCCAAUCCAGAUACAUGGACGAGGAUGAAUAUAGCCAAAAUGAAAGAGCAGAUGCAACACAUGUCGACUGAUUUCGACUGGUCAAGAGAAAUUUCUACUUGUGAUGCCGAAUACUACAAAUGGACACAGAAGAUCUUUUUAGAGCUACACAAACACGGAUUAGCUUACCAAAAGAAAGCUGAAAUUAACUGGGAUCCAGUAGACAAAACUGUGCUAGCCAACGAACAGGUUGAUGCACAGGGUAGAUCAUGGAGAUCUGGUGCGAUAGUCGAGAAAAAGUUAUUGAAACAGUGGUUUUUGGGAAUCACUAAAUAUGCCAAAGCUCUCAAUAAGGAUCUGGAACUAUUAAGUGAUUGGCCAAGUAAGGUUAAAACGAUGCAACAGAAUUGGAUUGGAGAGUCUAAUGGCUGUGAGAUUAAGUUCCCAGUCAGCCCUGUUGAGGAUACCAACUUAAAGCUUCCAGCAGAUGCGUUGAAUGUUUUCACAACAAGAGCCGAGACUAUAUUCAGUGUCCAGUAUUUAGCUUUAUCAUUUGACCAUCCAAUUACUAAGAUGCUAUAUAACGCAGACUCCAAGCUCAAGGAAUUCAUUGACAGGCUCAAUAAAGAUGGCGACGAGUCCGAGAAAUCCAAAGAGGGCUACAAGUUAAAAAAUGUUUAUGCCACUAAUCCUCUUGAUGCUGGUAUCAAACUUCCUGUGUUUGUUGCCCCAUAUGUCAUAAGCAGCUACGGUAAUGGCGCUGUAAUGGGAUGCCCAGCACAUGAUACCAGAGACUUCGAAUUUUGGUUAACCAACAUGGGCUCAAAUAGUGCGAUCGUAUAUACGGUGGAACCGAUUAAUGAAAAUGUUGAGUUCGUUGAAGGUGAACCAUUUCUUUCGAAAGAAGGUAAGAUGAGUGUUAACGCUAGGUUCCUACAGGGUCUCAGUGCAGAUGAUGCCAGAAAAAAAGUUGCUGAAGAGCUGAAAUUAAUUCAAAUGGGAAACUUCAAAACCAAUUUCAGAUUGCGGGAUUGGUUGAUCUCAAGACAACGUUAUUGGGGUGCACCAAUUCCAAUGAUUCAUUGUGACUCCUGCGGGGUAGUUCCUGUCCCUGAUGAAGAUUUGCCUGUCAAGUUGCCUCAUGUUGACAAACUUUUAGGUAAAGGUGGAUCUCCUCUUGCAAAUAUUGAAGAAUUUGUGAAUUGUGAAUGUCCACGUUGUCAUAAGCCUGCUAAGAGAGAUACUGAUACAAUGGACACUUUUAUGGAUUCGUCGUGGUAUAUGUUCAGGUUUCUUGAUUCGAAGAAUGAUUCCAAACCAUUUUCAAAGGAGGUUGCUUCUAAGUAUAUGCCAGUUGACCAAUAUAUUGGCGGUGUCGAACAUGCAAUCUUACAUUUGCUCUAUUCUAGAUUUAUCAGUAAAUUUUUCAACGACAUUGGGUGGUAUGAGAAUAAGGAAUUAAAUGGGGAACCCUUCAGACAAUUGAUCACUCAGGGUAUGGUACAUGGCAAAACCUUUGUCAAUCCGGCCACGGGUAAAUUCUUGAGGCCCAAUGAGUAUGACAUAACUUCUAGCGGGGAUGCAAUUAUCAAAGCUACAAGUGAAAUUGCCAGUAUAUCUUUUGAAAAGAUGUCUAAAUCGAAAUAUAACGGUGCCGAUCCUGUCGAAUGUAUUCAGAAACAUGGAGCUGACGCUACCAGAGCACACAUUUUGUUUCAAGCUCCAAUUAACGAUAUUUUAGACUGGGAAGAAGCUAAGAUUAUCGGGGUUGAGAGGUGGAUCAAAAAGGUUCUCAAAUUGGCAGUCGAUUUAGCUGAAGAUUGUAAAGAAGGUUCCACCAUCGGACUUGACAAACAUUAUUCUCCUGUCACUGAACAAGACAUUGAACUUCACAACACAUUGUAUGAAUUUGAAAAAGGCAUCAACGAUUCGUUUGGAAAGACACCCUCUUUAAACACUUUGAUAUCAUACUACAUGAAGUACACGAACGCUUUGACUGAUAGUUUCAAAAAGGGUCAAGUCACAUCGAAAUAUUUGGAAUACAAGUUCUUGGAUCUGGUCAAGUACAUGGCGCCAGUCACCCCCGCAGCGUGCGAGGAGGCAUUUGAACUGUUUAAUUACAAGAGCAAACAAAGAAAUCAGUUUUUGCUAGAAGCAGACUGGCCAGAAUUAGACGAACCGAUCAAGUCAUUGUUAAACUAUAACGUCAUCAUUAACGGUAAGAUGAGAUUUGUACAUAAGGCACCUGCCGAGUUAACAGAUGACCUUGAUACGUGUUGUAAGGAAAUUCUCUCCACCGAAAAGGGUGCCAAAUAUCUUGCCGGCAAGGAGAUCAAGAAGGUCAUCAUGAAGAAAGGUGCCAUAGUUUUCAUAUUGUGUUGA